AGCUGCACACACAAAGGUUGGGAAGGGUCAGACAUCAUCUGGGCACUGCUGGGUACAGGAAAGAAAUGGGGAAGGGAACAGUUAUUCAGUUGGUAGGAUCCACACUAGUAUCCGCAGUACUGGGACUGGUGGAUUCAUGCGGUAGCUGGUCCUCCCUUCCCCUCGUCCCUGUCCCCUGAGGUUGCCCCGCUGCCACACUACCCCAUCCCCAGCUGACCAUGGCAUCAGAGGCAGAGAAAACAUUCCAGCGGUUUGCUGUCUUCGGAGACUCGUCCAGCAGUGGCACUGAAAUGAACAACAAGAACUUCGCCAAGCUCUGCAAAGACUGUGGCAUCAUGGACGGCAAGGCAGUGACCUCCACGGAUGUGGACAUCGUGUUCAGCAAAGUCAAAGCCAAGAAUGCCCGAACCAUCACAUUUUCACAGUUCCAAGAGGCAAUGAAAGAACUGGGCCAGAAGCGGUUCAAGGGGAAAAACCCAGACGAAGCCCUGGAGAACAUUCAUAAGCUCAUGGAGGGCAAGGAUCCGGCCACCACUGGAGUGACCAAAGCAACCACGGUGGGUGGAGUAGAUCGUCUGACAGACACCAGCAAGUACACCGGCACCCACAAGGAGCGCUUUGAUGAGAGUGGCAAGGGCAAGGGCAUUGCAGGACGCGAAGAGACAACUGACAACUCAGGCUAUGUGAGUGGCUACAAGGGUGCUGGCACCUAUGAUAAGAAGAAGUGAAGACAAGCCUCGUCCUAGCCUGCCAGCCCCCUGACCCUGCAUCUUUAACACCAGGGAGCAUGGGAGACAAUAAACAUCUGUGUGUGCAUCA